AUGAUUAUUGCAUUUUUCACAAAUUUAAAUAUUGCCGAACCAUUGUCGGGAGAUGAGUGUGCAACGGAAAAUCAUGAUAAUUACAAGUUCAUAAAACGUGAUCCUGAAGAAAUAGCAACCGCUUGUGGUGGUCCAACUCUUCACGCAAGACAGGGUUUCGAUGGUUUCGAUGACUACGAUGACUAUGACGACUAUGACGACUAUUUAGACGAACCCGAAUAUGGAGAAGAAUGGGAGUGGAACACUGACUAUGAUUAUGAAUAUAAUUACUAUGAUGAUUGGCUCCUUUAUAAUAUUAUACCUUUAAUCUAUGUUUUAAAACUUUCACUCCUAGCAUGCUCAAUCAAUAAUUGA